UCCAGUCCACGAUUUCGAUAUGAAACAUAUCCGCAUCGAUAUCCAUCUUUUUUAUUUGAUUGCGAGAAAAUUUGGAGCAUUGAAAUUGGCAAAACGAAAACGCGGUCAGCCAAUAAACAUUGAAAAAACUGAAUACGAUAGCAAUCCAGCUAUCUAUUGGGAUUUAAUAUUUGACCUGCCAAAAAUUUCAAAACUUGGAAAUGGUAAGGAAUUCGAUUUUGCUGUGGCAACUGAUAGUGUGGCAGUUUCGUUAUGUUUCGUGAAGCCUGAACGCAAAAGACCAGAACUUGAUAACAACACCAUCAAAGAGAAGUACAAUAACUUUGAGUUUGAUUAUGUGCUUGGAAUCGAUCCAGGAGUUCGUACAUGGAACGCCACCGUUCGCAAACACGUUCGAUCCGGCAACGAGGAAAACAUCACAAUUGAUGGUCCAAAAUACCAUUUCAAAGCGAAAUAUGGCAAACGCAAGCGUAAAUCCGAUCAAUGGACUGAAUUGUUGCAAAAACAACGGGAGCUCGACUAUAAACGCUAUGCAUUUUUUCCAUCGCCGAAAGGACGUUCACAUUGGAUGUGUUACAUUGCUUAUUAUGUGAAAAUGAUGAAACCAGCUAUGGCGGUGUACACAACACGAAAGUUCAUUCGACUCCGUCACGAUAAAUACAUCGAAGAAAAUCGGGCAAGUGACAAAAUCGCGGCAUCACUGACGAAAAAAAAGUCGGCGCUCGUUUUUAUUGGUGCAGCUCAAAUAGCUCCAAACUCACCAAUUGGUAUUAAAAAGCGAUUGCGAUGCCCGGGAUUACGACGACUAUUGAACAGUUUCAAGAAGUUGGGAAAUUGUAUUGUACGAUUGGUCGACGAAUACAAUACAUCGCAAACUUGUGCAAAAUGCUUCCGGCCAUUCGAUCGACGAACCAAAAGCGAUCGAUACAAAGUUUGUCAGCAUUGUAUUCCAAGUGAAGAUGAGUCAUCGCAAUGGAAUUUACCGAACGUGAUUAUCACCAUGAAAAGCAACCGAGUGUACCAACAAUUGCGUAAAUAUGCAGUUGAUUUUGUUAAUCGAUUGAAUGCAGCCAACCCAGAUCAUAUUCCAAUGGAUUCAGAUGGUUUAGUGUCAAAACUUCAAGUAUGUUUCAAAAACUGGCAACUAAACACUGGCAUUUGGAAAGAUGAUCGAGCUCCAUUUCAAUUGAAAACUGUUUGGCACCGGGAUAUCGUUGCAGCCAAGAACAUCAUGUACAAAGGUCUUUGUACGGUGUUGGGAUUGGACAUUCAUCCGCAACUAUUGAAACCACAGAAUCAAAAUGCUGCCGUACAAAAUCAAGCAGCUGACGAUGAGGAUUCCAGUGACGACGAGGACUACGUUUAUGUUCUCGAUGUUUCCGAUGACGACCAGUUUUAAUUACAUGUAGCAUUAAGAUUUCUUUUUAAAUAAUAUUAUUGUAACGUUUUGUUACUAUGCUGGGCUUGAGUUUUGUGGCCUUGACCGAAGUACGGGCAGUUCGGUAUAUAAAAUAACCCGUAGGUGAGUAUCAUUUAUUGAACUGAACCGAUAGUAUAUUGAUGUUGAUUCAAACUUAGUAACUGAGUUUAUUUUUUCUCUUUUUUCUUUCCAUUGCGACGUUGAAAAUGACUGAAACUACACUCAAAUCCGACCCCAAUAUUGACCGUCAACAUAUGCCCGAUAAUGGAUGAAUUUGCCACAACAAAUGUUUUUUGGGUUAGAUAGAAAUUUGCCCCUAACUUAAGAAAAACAUAAAAUAGUAAGAAAAAAUAUUAAACUAAAAAAAUUAUUAACUUAACACAGCCAUGAGAUUUACAGUUAUGUGAAUUUAUUUUUAUUUCGUUUUUUUGGGAGAGGAUUGGUUAGUUUUUUCUCUCACCCGAAGCAUAGGUUUUUUCGUCUCUCGUUAAAUUUAUUCUUUAUUUUUAAUAUGUUUUAUCGAAUUUGGUGG